AUGAGAGAAACUGCUAUUAUGAACAACAGAUUAGUACUACCUGCUUCAGCUUCCACAGAUGCAGAGAACGGCAGUGUACACGUUCGUGGCGGCACCCGGUGCUGCGGGCCCUGUUGUCACUCAGACCAAAAGCGAGGACGGUCAGUGUGGACGAAGCCCACGUUAGAAGCAGACGACACUGCUGACAGCGACGCGUGUGAAGAUGUCGUGAAGCGCAGUGAGCGGCUCUUGGAACUCUUGCGCGUGCGCAAGAUUCAGUGUGAUUCAGCUGUUGAUACUUCUAGCAUGAUUUAUGAUGUGGAAGCAGAGAUGUCACCAUUGGCUGCUUCUGGCACGCGGAUGUGUAGGGCCGUUUUUUCCCAAUCCUCUGCUCUUGUGCCUUUGUCCUCCAUCGCUGGGGAUAAGGAUCUCGUGGAGUUUGAUGUAUCUGGGGAAGAGAAAACUAACCCGGUGCCGGUGAGCUCUCGUUCGCUACUGAAAGUUGCUAUUACUUGUACGGACGCAGAGACACAAACACUUCCCGCUCCGGUGGGCUAUCGGGUGGAAAACCCAAUAAUGACAAAACCUGAUUGGUUCGUUCUUCGGUUAUGUGAAUUGGACGCUUUACUUCACAUAUUUUUUUCCUGA